ACUAUUAUUAUUAUUACUAUUAUUAUCAUCACUAUUAUUAUUAUUAUUCGGAUCUUGCGAGGACGGGUGUACGUGUGAAUGUGUCUAGGGGUGGGUUGUGUCAGGCUUUCGCACCGCCGCCACUUCCGGCUUUUUGGAGGCACAGAUCUCCCCCCCCCCCCCAUCGCGCUGAGGAAGGCGGGUGGGAGUGGGAGGUGAGUCAUAAUAACCGCUGCAAUUAUUGCAUGCCCUGGCACCAGCUUUAUUUGCCUGUUUUUUGUUGUUUUUCUCUCUUCCUCCCCGGUCAGGGUGGAAUCGAUCGCUCCGGUUAUUUGUUUUUUUGUAACAGUUUCCUCACACUUCUCUGUGCUGUGUCCUUAAUAGCAGAAGUUCCCCACAGUGGGUUGUUGUGAAGCCAUAAAAGGGAAGGGAAAAGCAGGCUAGUGCAAAUCCGGAGGGAGAUGACAGGAGUGUAAAAGAUCUAAGGGACAUGGGAAAUGUUUUAUAAACCGGUCUUUACCUGCUGCUGAAAAGAACCACAGCACAGGUGCCGGGAAAGCCAAACUGGGGAGGCCAAAACUGGCACAAUUGGUGUCACCACUCUCAGUUUAAUAACAGACUUCUCAGCACUCAUACAUUGCUUAGGAAUCUUUACAACAACCCUGCAAUGUAGGUCAUUGACAGUAGGUGUUGACAGCAAAAAGAUUAAAGGUUCUGGGUACCUGAGUGGGAGAGAAUCAAUCAUUCUAAAGGCCCUCUAAUGAGCCAUGCAGGUUGUUAUGAGUGAGAUUAAAUAACUGGGAGCAAAAGUAUAUCUUUGUCCCUGAGUUUGGAUUGUCUGAAAACUUUGUUCUGUAGAGGAAGUUAAUGUUAAAAUCGGAUCUUGCUGAAAGGUGGAAUCGAAGCACUCCAGUAUAUAAGUAAGCAAAGCAGAACUGUAUUAACUGGGAAAGGAAGAACCCAGAAGUUGGUACAAUUAAAGCGAAGCGUGCCAACGUGGGUGCAUGUGUCCCACAGAGACCUUUCCUGGCACCCUUAGGGUCUGCUCUGCCAGCUAAAAUUGGGCUUGAAAAGAGCAUUCUGUUGUAGCUAAUAGAAUAGAUUGUGGUGUGAACUUGAUUGUGGUGCCCACAACUGUUUCUCCACUUUGCAAAUGUGUCCUUAAGCUCUGAAAGGUUGUUGACCCCUGAAUUAAGGUAACAAUUCUGGUGAAUAUCAGAUUCUGUUUGUUUUGUGUUUUCAUAUAAAUUCAACGGAAUACAAGUAAAGGAAUUAGGGCAGUCACAAGCUGAUGCCUGUUGAGUGUAGCUACUAAAUGAGUAGGACUUUACAUGGGAGAAGACAGACUUAUAGAUGCUGCACAGCCCCAAACAUGAGCAGUUUCUGCUGGCAAAAAAAGAGUAAUAUUUGUGUGCUGAGGCUGCAAUGUUAAUAAAAUAUAGAAUCGUUUUUGUGAGUAGGAUUAUAUUGUAAUAAGCAAAAACAAUGUUUAGAGCAUCAGCGGAGUUAAAAUAUAUAAACUGGACUUAGCAAAAGAGGAAGCUGGGAGAGAGAAACCUAAGCCAAGAGAAUAGCAGCCAUUUGUUGUCAUACUCAUAUUCUUUUUUUAUUACUUAAAUUAUAUGGUAUCUCUAUAUUGUAUAAUGUAUUUAUGUUUCUGAAUGUAAGACAUUUGGACCUAAUUAGGUAACAAGAAAAUAGUAAAUAACUAUACAUAUAUUCUUAUUUUUAUUCUUUUAUUGUUCAUUUAAAAUAAUUAUAUACUGCUGUUCCUCAUUAACAAGACCAGAGUAGUGUACAAUAGAAGUUUUUUAAAAAACCAGUAAAAUGUAACUGACAAUGUUUAUGUGAUUUGUUUUGUAGCUCUUUUCCGUGUUUACAGUUCAUUUCAGUUCAUUUGACUUUAGAUGGCCUUGGGUGCUUGUAAGAAAUUAGUACAGAAAGUUUUGACACUACUGUUAUUGUAUUGCUGGUCGUAAAUAGAGCUACACAUUGAUAAGUGCCAACUGGCAAACCCAAUUUAAGAGUCAUCUGAGGCUAAUUUGUUUGUAGCAAAAGCUUCACCGGCAACGCCCUGCUGGUAUAGGAAAGGCAAUAAGUCAGUUCCAGCCCAGUCCUGUGUGCUAAAUCUGCUGUGUUUAGCGCAGUGUCCUCUCAAGUGAGAGUAAAGGAUUUCAGCCCUAAUUUCAAUGCCUUCUGCCUUUGCAUUUAUUCCAGAAGGAAGUGGAUUGCCUAUCCCUGCCAGAAGUUGAAAAGCUCUUCGGCCAGGCUCUACAGCAAUAUCAGUGCCCCGAAUCAGUGAGCUCUGCUUGGUGGCUUGUGCAGUGGGGUUUAAUGGGCUUUUUCUGUUGUCUGUUGCAGGGGCUGGACGCCUUCUUGAAGACUCUGCUCAAAGCACAGGAGGGGGGGAGGGAAAGUGAGAAGGGGAGAUCUAGAGAGAUCAUGGAAGAGAAUGGCGAGGAUGUGAAUUCCUUGGCGGCCUACAUUUCAACAGAUGGCAGUUACACAGGCCAACUUGCGGGAACAAAGAUGCGAGACGUGUGUCUCUCGUAACGUUUGUGGGAGGUGCACAUGUCUCAGCGGGGGAGUUGCCAGCGUGACCAUAGAGUGCAUUGUACAGAGCGUCCCGCCUCUCUCUAUCCGCACUCUAUCGUUAGGAGCUUCCUUGUUACACUUCCCCUCCUUCCCGCUAGUGCUCUUUUUACUGCGCCCCAGUUGAGAAAGUUUCCUGCUGCCAUUUUAAAAACAAAUUCCUGCCGCCAGUAUUGGCCGGGUCACCCUCGGAGCACACCAUGUUGUCUGAUACCCUUCUAGAGACGGUGCCGAUGCCGAACCACGGCACAAUGGCAGCUUCUUCGCAGGGCUCUUCGUCUGCCACGAAAUCGAGGCGCCAGCCCGUUUGGACCGACGAGGAAACCCGGGCCUUCAUCCAGGUUUGGGGCGACGACGCUGUGCAGAGCGCCCUGGCGUCCAACUACCGCACGGUCGCGCAGUUCCAGUGGAUCGCGGACGAAAUGCGAGCCCGGGGUUACAACCGGGACUGGGAGCAGUGCCGCGAGCGGGCCAAAGUGCUGCGGCGCGGCUUCAAAGAGAUAGUGGACGGCAACAGCAACGCCGGCCACGGGCGGCGAGUGUGGCCGUACUACGAAGAGCUCAACCGGUUCCUCUGCAUCAAGCAAAACCUGGUCGUUCCGCGGCUUUCAGGGAGCAACGCGCGGCCACCGGUCGACCGCCGGCGCCGGGAACACAGGGAGACUCAGGACCCUGCCUACGAACCGCCUUCCUCGGUUGGGAAAGGCGACAAAGGGACUUUUGAAGAGCCGGACGGGGACUGCUUGCUCUUGCCAGAAUCAGCUGGGUCGCAGCACAGUGAAGCCAACAUGGAAAACCAAGUGGGGUCUCCGGCAGCCAACUCCGAUAUAUCCAUGGACGGCAGUGGCGGCCCUGGCACUCCGACAGAUCCAUUGCCAUCCAAUGACUCGAUUUCUGCGCCGAACCUGCGCCCUCGACCGCUGACGGCUGCCGAGAGGAUGCGCAACCUCCGUUGCCGGCAGAGGAAGAGGAGGGGGGACACCUUGAAGGAGCUCAUGGAAGUCACCUCGCAGGCCACCAGCGAACUUGUCCGGACACUGUCUGACCUCACGCACAAGGAGGUGGCUUCCUUCGAGCGUGCCUACAAGGAGGACCUCUCGGCCCGCAAAGACGAGAUGGAGCAGAGCGCGGAGGACAUUGGGAGGCUCGUCAGCGCCCUGGAAUCGAGCGAUCAGACGCUGAAGGAGCAGCUGAGCAGCCAGACCAGCGUGUUGCAGGGCAUCCUGGAAGUUAUGAAAGACAUACGGGGCAGAACGUCAUACAGUCCGCCCUACCCUUCGCAGUAUUACGACUUCCCAGGGCCUAGCAUGAUGCAUGCGGCGGCCACCUCCUCAAACGGCCAGGAGAUGCCCUGCCCCUCCCCUUCCAGCCUCGCAUUCGCUUCCCAGCAAUCAGCCACCAGCAACGGAGACGUCUCUCCCCGGAAGCGAAUGAAAUGAAAACUGCCGCAACCCAGAGGCCCGUCUCAUUUUAGUCUCAUUGUGGGAGCGGGGAAUCCUGCGUCCCUCCAGCUGUCCGUUCUUCUCGUUACAACAUAUAUAUUGCUUUUCUUAUUGCAUAGUUAGAAUGUGUUUUCACCACAUUUACACGUGUGUCUCCCCACAGCGCUAACGGUUGUGUGGAAACGGCUGCCAGCAAUGUACAUUUAAAUUUAUUCUUAUUGGGGGGGGUUGGGUUCCUUUUUUUUUUUAGUGUACCUACAUCUGUUUCCCUUCCAUCUUGUUUCCAGAGGAAUGCAGUGUUUGAUGUACAUGUGUACAAGUUUUUUAAACAAAACCAAUAAUAAUAAUAAUAAUUACACUUAACACAUUACCGGCUGCCUGUAAGAAGGUAAUCUUUUAAAAAGAAAUAAAGAUGCACUGUUGUUCCAAAUUGUUCAACACGUGUUUUCCGGUAGCA